AUUCGAUCUCCCCUCGUACUCUUCUCUAUUUUUGAUGACGAUCACGUGACGAGAGUCGGAGCUUCUGGCUUGAGUUAGGACUUGUUAUCCUCCUUCCACUAGCCAUACCGGUUUAAUGUAUACAUUCACUGUGGAACACUAGAAUAACGGUGCAGAAAUAAACUCGUAUCAGUUCGUUCCUUCCUACAGUCUACAGUGUGGUAAUAAUAACAUUCAAUACAUCUUUGCAAAAAUGGCGAAGGCCCUAGUGUUGAUGUUUGUUUGUGUGGCUCUUUUGCAAGUCGCAACUGCACUGAAGUGUUAUAACUGCGACAAAGACCAAUGCAAGGAGGAUAUGAAGACGUGGACCACUGUAGAGUGUGGUAAGAGUGCCGACCCCACCCAAGAAGCUGUAUGCCUGAAGACGUCCUACAAAGAUGCUGGUGGAAACAAAGUAGUUUCAAGGAAAUGUGCCUUGGCACCCCAAAAAUCCACAGAAAUCACCUGCCCCGUCAUAGAUGGAGCCAAAGACGUAAAAUGUCCGAUCUGCAAAGCCGACCUGUGUAAUUCUGCCAACAGUAUCAGCUUGAGCUUAACUGCAUUUGCAGGAAUCAUUGUGGCGGCCAUCUUGGGUCAAAAAUAUUUGCUUUAAAUUCAAAUAACACAGUUUUUUCUUUAAAUACAUGGAUAGGAAAUUAUAUACCUAUGUAACUUUGGGUUGAAAAAUUGUAUAACUGUCCAUUCCAAUAAAUAUUCCAAAAUGGAUCAAACCUCGUA